UUCCCUUCCCGCUGCCCCCGCGGAGCGUCCCGGGGCCGGAGCCGCCGCGGGCUCCUCUGCUCGCCCUCCUCCCGCCCGUGCCCGCACGGCUCCCGCCGCUGGCCCCCCUCACGCCGCCCCGGCACCGCGGGAUGGCGGCGGGCGAGGAGCAGAGCCGCGAGUACCUGCGGCGGCACCGGCUGCCCGAGCUGCUGCACCGCCUCGGAGCGCUGCUGCUCUUCCACCGGCCCGAACGGCCACGCGAGUUCCUGAUCCAGGUGCUGGAACGGGUGAAGGCUGGGAGGCGAGCCGAGGGCGAGUACCCGUUCCUCAUGGACGAGGCCAACGUGGACGCCAUGUUCAGCCUGCUGGAUGUCCUAGGCCAGGGCUCCAUCAGACCCGCGCAGUACAGGGAAGCCCUCAAAACUUUGGGACUGAGCACUGAGGAUUUGGAGCUAGAAGAUGAUGUGGAAAUCACACGGGAAGAAUUCAAGGAAGGAAUGAAGAAAAAGAUGCUGGAGAGCUGGUCUGUGUAUUAGUUUGAGCAGUGGUCUGCUAUAUAUAUUAAAAACAGGCAUCUUCUCCAGUUUUUCUUCUGGUUUGGCAGCUGUGAAGAGUCGAUUUUAAGCAAUAUUCUCUUUUCUCUUUUUCUCAUCUUCCCUGCCCUUCAGUGGAGCAAUCAGCUGAAAAGGCCAAGUGGCAAGAACACGAGCAUGUCCAGCAGGCACUGGAGGGAGUAUUGUUGUUCUUAAUAUAAUUAGAUGGUUAAAAAAAAAAGUAGAGACCUCUUUUGCAACUGAGAUAGUAUUUUGGAGUUUCCUCCUUCAGGUUAUAGUUUACAGUAAAGGAUUGUUACCUGUUGGCUCAUUAGCACUGAAUAAAAUUAAGUUGGUUUUUGGGCUUGCGCUGCGCUUUGGUUUUUGGGUAUUUUUAAGGAAAAAACAACUUCAACAAGUUAUGACAAAUGUCCACAUGAAAAUGCAGGUAGCACUUCCAAGUGGUAUUUUCAAACUUAGCACACAUAAGGAGAAACUUUUUUAAAAAAAUUAGGCUAUUGUUUUUUCUGUAAAAGACUAUCUUAAUUUGUAUGAAGAAAACAGUGACAUAUUCCUUCCUUCUGCAUUGAUUAUAUACAUUUUGAUACAGAACAUCCAUUACCUGAAAUUUGGAGAUAAACACAGAUGUUUUAUAACUCAAGACUGACCAGUUCAUAGGGAACAUUAGCCCACGUUGUACAAAACUGCAUUUACACUGUAAAUACUCUGUUUCUAAGAAUGAUGCAGACAAGGCAGACUGUUCAUUAGAGAUGAACAGUUUUAGCUUCCAAAUGCAAUGGCGAGGUGGCCAUGGAAAAUAAGAUCUGCACAGUUCAACACCAAGUCAGUAGCAUUUUGAAUUUUUUCUUUGAACUGUAUAGAAUAAGGCAUAAGAUUAGAUUAAAACAACCUCACAGCAUAUAGAAAUGAAAGAAAUAAGUAUAUUACAAGAUAUUCGCUUUGCUUUUGCUUGGAAUAAGUAAUCUAGACCAAGUUAUUAACCAUUUCUGAAGAAGUCUUUAUUUUCCUGUAUUUGGCCAAUUAGCUCUCAAACUGAGAAGAAUCUCAACAUCCCUUUGAGCCAGUUUAUAAACUCCAAGUUCAUUUAGUGCUGCUGCUGCAGAUGGCUGGCUGGGCUUUAAUGGUUCAUUUUCUGAAGCUGACUGUAGGACAUCCUUCAGAAGCAAGGCAGAGCCAAUAUUCAGGUUCAGGAUAAUGCAGGCUUCUUUUAUGCUAGAGGAAAAGUUACGUGGAUUAAUGUAAGCCGCACAAAUUUAAGUGUAACAAAAAACCCUUCUAUGCUCCAUGUUGGUUCAGAUUUCAGCCUCAGUCAGCUGAGGAUUUUGAGGGCUAGUGAAACAGACUAACCAGAAAGAAAGUAGCAGCUUCUCAUGCCUCACAAGGCAAUCCUGAGGAAGAAAAUAGUUUAAAGUAGUUCUUCUAACAAUAAAGUUUGUUGUUGUAACUGUA